GGCUAAGUGUCGAGAUGUGUUUCUUCUGUUCAAUGGCCUCACGACUCUCAGAAAGAAGAUUUCAACAUGCCAUAUACUAAGAGGUAGACAUAUCAUCAUCCAAACUUCAAGCUUAAACAUAUCGAGAUGGCCAACACAGCUCAUUUGGUUCGACGGCAAAGUUCGCGUGAUCUUCAUGUUCAGCGUUCACUGGAUCGGCUGGAACUGAAGGAAAUGCGGGGUCGUUUGGUCGUUGAGAACGGAAAUACCGGACCUGCUUAUGGCGCCACAAACAUGGCAUUUGAAGACACUAGUCCCAACACUAAGAUAAAAUCCACUCCACUGCUUAGUAGCAAGAGACCAUCAAUUGACGGCAAGGCGAUAUUCAAACCUGAAGGAGGGGAAGACGAAAGGGAUUCUUGGGAUAGUAAACUGACUUUUUUAUUGGCUACGAUUGGAUACGCAGUUGGUUUGGGAAACGUUUGGAGAUUUCCGUAUUUGGCACAGAAAAACGGCGGUGGAGCGUUUCUUAUUCCUUACUUUAUCAUGCUGGCCAUCGAAGGUAUUCCAAUUUUCUACUUGGAAUUAGCAAUAGGGCAAAGAUUACGAAAAGGAGCCAUUGGUGUAUGGAGCCAGGUUUCCCCAUAUUUAGGAGGAAUUGGUAUUAGCAGUGCUGUGGUAUCUUUCAAUGUUGCCUUGUACUACAACACCAUCAUAGCCUGGUGCUUAUUUUAUUUUGCCCAAAGUUUCCAAUCGGAGCUCCCAUGGUCGGAGUGUCCAAAGGUUCAUUUCCCUAAUGGAACAUAUAUUCUUGAUCCUGAAUGUAUGGUGAGCAGUCCAACUCAGCACUUUUGGUAUCGCACAACCCUGAUGGUGUCUGAAGAUAUAAACAGUCCAGAAGUUUUCAAUUGGAAAAUAGCAAUGGCCCUCAUCUUAUCUUGGACUCUCGUAUACCUCUGCAUGAUGAAGGGUAUAGCCUCAUCCAAUCUCAUCGUUUACGUUACAGCAACUUUUCCUUAUAUGGUGCUCAUCAUAUUUUUCUUCAGAGGCAUAACGUUGAAGGGUGCUCUCGAUGGAUUACACCAUUUGUUCACUCCCAAGUGGCACACAUUACUGGAUCCUGUUGUUUGGUUAGAAGCUGGAACGCAAAUAUUCUUUUCACUUGGGCUUGCUUUUGGAGGCCUUAUUGCUUUUUCUUCUUACAAUCCUGUGAACAAUAAUUGUUUCAGAGAUGCUAUAACAGUAUCCUUGACGAACUGUUUCACGUCCAUGUUUGCCGGUAUUGUGGUUUUCUCUAUAAUUGGAUUCAAAGCAACUAUGAUUUAUGAUAAGUGUUUGGACUCCAGGAAUAUCACAUUAACAAAGUUAUUUGGUCCCGAUUAUAAUGAAAGCGAUCUACCCCCAGCAGGUGCUUUGUUCAACGUGACAAUUAGAGACACCACCAAAACGCUGAUAAUGCCAAAACUGGAGGUGUGUGACUUGGAGAGAGAAUUGGAUAAUUCCGCAUCAGGCACGGGCUUAGCCUUCAUAAUCUUCACAGAAGCCAUCAAUCAAUUUCCUGGAGCACCUUUAUGGGCAGUGUUAUUUUUCUUGAUGCUCUUCACACUUGGAAUAGAUUCACAAUUCGGCACAUUGGAAGGAGUCGUUUCGUCAGUGUCAGACAUGAAAUUGUUUCCCAAUAUGUCGAAACAAAUGUUAACAGGAGCAAUAUGUGGUAUAUGCUGUGUGCUUUCCAUGAUAUUCGCCCACGGAGCUGGUAGCUACGUCUUUGUGUUGUUCGAUAAUUUCGCUGGAAACUUUCCCCUGCUCAUAGUUGCAUUUUUCGAAUGCAUUUCUGUUUCCUACAUCUAUGGCCUCAAUAAAUUCGCUGAUGACAUAGAAAUGAUGACAGGUUCCAGGCCUGGCCUCUAUUGGAUGAUAUGUUGGAAAUAUCUUUCUCCAUUAGCUAUGGUAUCGAUUUUGGUAGCGAGUUUCCUCGAUAUAGCAACCAAGGGCUCAGGAUACGCUGCAUGGUCUUCUGUUAAGGGCGAGACGGAGUGGCAUCAAUGGCCCUCUUGGGCUAUUGUUUUGAUAUUGUUUCUUAUACUUGCAUCUACUUUAUGGAUACCAGGUGUUGCUAUAGCGAGAUUAUUCGGUAUCGUCGUCGUAGACGACUCAGAAAAAGCUUGGUUUCCUGCAGAUGAACUGAAAGACUUUCAUGGCAUCAUGCCCCAUGAACCGACAACUGCUGAGCAACUUCUGUUUUGUAUAAGGCCAGAUGGAUCCGAAGGAUUUUGUUGUCCUACAGUUCCCAAUGAAGACGACGACCUGUAAGAGGAAUAUCGUCUAGCUAUAUUUAGCACAUUUAAAUGACUAUAAAGCUGGAAUUGAUGAUAAUACUAGAUUAUGAAAAUAAUUAACUGGAGAUGUUUGGCCAUGUGCAGAUAAUUUCAUAAUGCUGUAUUUGUGAAACACACUGAACACACAAAUAUCACGGAAUAUACCACCGUCCCAGAAGUAUCAUUCCAUGUUACCGUGAAUAUCUAACUAGCUGUGCGCAUAUCAUUAUUUGCUAGUAUUUCUUCCAUCAUCGAUUCUUUAACUUCUGUUUUCUCCAUAAAUGGAAACUGCUAAGAAUGUCGAAAAUUCAGGGUACCUACAUAAAAAUGAAAAAGAAGUUUUGGCAGUUUCCAGUCGAAGUUCGUUGAGAGAGGUUAUUCUGUGCAAAUAAUGUCUCAAUUUACCUUCUACCAGAAGUCAAGAACCGAAAAGAUCAAAAUGAUUAUCUAAAAAAAAAAUCAGGAGCAAACAGUGCCGUCUUAGAAGUCUUGUACCAUUGCUGCAGUGCAGAGUGCAACAAAAGACGAGAGCUUUCUCUGGGCGCAAUAUUUUAACCAAAUCCAUAGGCCUUGCUGGCUGUUGACAUAAACAUAAAUUGUAUAACAAUUUCUUGUUUACACAUUGUUCAUAACAACCAACAACCAAUAUGUAGGUAUAUGUCAGAGACAAUACUUCUUGCGUUGUGCUGUAGACGUUGCGUCGUUGCAGUGUAUUCCCAAAUACUCGUAAAAGCAACAGCAAUCCAUCUCGAAGGAAGAAACGGUGUAAGAAAUGUGUUAACCUUAUUUAAAUCUGUUUAUGAUUGUGAUGAAACGAAAGCAAUAUUUUCUCAGACAAUUCACACCUUGAAACAUAGAUACAAAAGGAAUGGAAAAUAUAGGUACAUUUGUUGUUGUCCAAAGACUGGGAGUGAGAUGAAUGCUUAGUGUCGCCAAUCACAAUUGAGAUAAAAUAUUCGCAUUUUGUUGUCACAUCAAUUUUCAAUGCGAAAUAGUAGGAAGUAUAUCUACAAAGUUCUCAGAAUUAAUGGUAAUAAAUUUGGAUAUAUGUUCAUAACCUCACAAUAAGACGAAAAGUUUCCAGUUUUCAUGGAGGUAUGCCCGCGAAUACGCUUCGUUGAAGAGUGACGUGGCUUCAAAGAUGAAGAUGCGAAUAUGAAUUUAUUCAAUUUUUUUAAAGUAGGACCAAGAUGAAGAAGUGAAAUUUAGCAGAUGUAUUUUUUUGAAUAGGUGUGCAUUUUCUCAUUUUCUCUCAUCCUCUAUAGCUACAAAAGGUGAAAUCGGCAAUGCUUUUGUAUUUUCUACCAUAAAUUUCCACAGGCUUAUUCGAAUAUCAUCAUUCAAAAUUAUGCAUUGAAAAUAAAAAGGCUUACUUGGCUGUGGCUAUGGGGAAUGAGUGAAAAAUUUAAUUCUAGGUGCAUCUCUAUGUGAGAAUUAGUAGCACAAAAUUUCCCUCUCAGAAAAAAUUGAAUAAGUCCAUAAUCAAGUCGUCAUCUUUGAAGCAACGCAACUUUUCAACAGGAAAUCCUGUACAAAUUUAUC